AUGUCUUCACGCGACCACAAUGGAGACGGGCAACCCUCGCCCAAGCCCAUCUCCCUCUCUCUUUCCGGCUCAAAUGCUCCCUCGAAAAAGACCGGUUUCAACCUCCAAUCCUCGAAUCGCGGCCGUGCCACCGACUCCCCAGCAGCUAAAGGCCGGUCUCUCCCUCGGCGGCCUCACCAACUAGCGCACGGCGAUGACUCUGACGAAGAAGAAGCCGCCCCGGUUCACGAAGAAGUCUCAGGCUUCGACACGCAUACUGGUGGCGCGAUUACCGUUGACGGACAAGCGGUCGACGAUAAAAACCAGCCACUGGUAAUUCCAGUUACAAGCAAGAACAACUGGCGCGACCGAGCAGGUGUCAAUGUGAAGAAGGGCAAGAAUCUGCUUCCCCGUGAAGUGCAGGCUAUGCAAGAGGCGGAAAAGAAUGGACAAGCACCCGGUGGAGAUCCCACGGUCGAGACAGAUGCGCCGAGCAUGGCAUACGGUCUGAGUUUUGCGCAGCAGUCCGAAGCUCAGGAAGACAAGGGCGCAGCGAACGAUGAUCAAGCUAUGCCCGAUGCGAAGCCUGUUGCGACCAAGCCUCUUACCGACGACGAAAUUGCCAUGCAGGCGCUCAUUCGCGAGACCAAGGGCGACGUGGAGCGGAGAACUGAUCUUGUGAUUGAGUCAGCUACAAAGGACGAAGAUGAAGCCCCGGUUCACUACAGCGAGACCAGCUCUUUCCGGACAGAUGUGGCUUCGCGACCAGAGUCUGCUACUUUGGAUGCCUACAACGCCAUUCCGGUGGAGGAGUUUGGUGCUGCGUUGCUACGAGGAAUGGGCUGGAAGGACGGCCAAUCUAUCGGAAAGGGUAAUUAUGGUGGCGCCGCGGCUGCUGAGAAGGCGAAGAAUGCCCGUGUCCCCGAACGACGACCUGGAUUUCUCGGUAUUGGCGCAAAGGAUGCAUCUGGCGGCAAAGGUGCUGAAGCGGAGCUUGGCGCUUGGGGUAAAUCAGCCAUGCGCAAGGCAUCCAGGAAGGCAGGCGAAGAGAACGGAAAGGCAGAGGGUGUAUAUAUGCCCGUCACGAUGCGCAACAAGAAGACGGGUGAGCACCUUACCGAGGAAGAGCUCGAGGCCCUGAAAAAAGAGGCAAAAGCUGCCCCCAAGGAGGACGACUGGCGCGAGAGACGAGACCGCAACCUCGAAAAGAGCGGACGGGACAAGGACCGAGAAUAUCGCAAGCGUGAUUAUGAUGACGAGGAUCGCUCCCACCGGAGAAAUGGGUCUUCACGCCGUGACCGCAGUCUAUCCAGUGGCCGCCAAUCCUCCAGGCGAUCCCGGUAUGAUGACGACGAUCGAAGCAGACGGGACGAUCGUUCCCAUCGCGAUCGGGAUUAUGACCGGGAUCGUCGCCGGGACCGCCAUGAUGGUAAAGACCGACGGAGAGACCGCGAUCGAGAUCAUGAGAGAGAUCGUAGUGAUCGGAACAGAGACGAUAAGUACAGCAGUUCACGCUCGUCCCACUCAUCUCGACAUGACCGGGACCGAGAUCGCGAUAGCGACUCUCGUCGCAGCCGUCGCGACGAUUGA